AUGAAUGAAUAUUGGAAGAGAAGUGGUCAAAUACCAGCUUUUGGAAACAGGGAUAUUGCGAACGAGUUGACAAUAACUCAAUACUUUGAGAAUGCAAGACAAGCUGGUUUGAUUCAUUACAGUUCUCCGUCCGGUGAAACUGAUCUUUAUGUGGUUGAUCAUAAGAAACCAGUUAGAAAGGCGAAGAGAAUAAGGGAUAGAAGAUAUACAAAAUGGUUCGAGUAUUUUGGCAGAUUCAGGCACCGAAUAGCUAGAGUUCAUUGCUCCAUCCUUGGAACAACAGCUCCCAUUCUGCUUACAGUGGAACACUUCUCUUCUCUUGCAGCUUACAGUGGGUGUUUAAGUGCUGGAAAUAUGAUGGUGAACAAAAAUUAUAAUUAG